GGCUGGUCAUCUCGCCAUAGUCGCGGGUCAUAUUUCACUUGACCCUGACACUGGUCAUUCAAUGUCCACCACGACCUUCGGACAAUGCCGCGGGGACGUGAAUGCGGUGAAGGACCUGUCUCGGACGUUAUGUCACCGAGUCUGUGGUUGAAAAGACGUGGCGAAUGGACUGGCAACUGACACAGAUUUCAAACCUACGGUAAACAACUAGUGCAACACUUCAAAUGGUUCAGAACAAAUUAUCAGUGAUAUCGGCUACUGUUGGUCUGGUUGCCGUGGUAACGCUAUAUCUUCUGCCAUCUCCAAUAGACCCCAAGCCUUAUGUGUUUAACUGUUCAAUUCCUCGUCUGGAGGGCAGCCUACAGCCCAACGUUCGCCUGCAGAAAGUAACCAGGCUGUUUGAGGACCAGAUUAUUGGUCCAGAAUCAUUCGCUGUGGAUGACAAUGGGACUGUCUACACAGGUAGUGCUGAUGGAAAAAUUUGGGCUUUCAAGAAAGACAACUUACGAUUUGUUGCACGGACAGGGAUAGACCACCCUGAUUGUGGCAGCUUCUCGCUGGAGCCGGACUGUGGCCGACCCAAGGGGAUGAAGGUGGACAGAGAUGGAUUCCUAGUUGUAGCAGACUCCUACAAAGGUCUGCUCCGUGUCAAUGUGACGACCGGGGACAUCGAGACUCUCAUGCCAGGACAUAUUGGCAUCGAUGGCAAACCUUUUCGUUUCCUGAACGGCCUUGACAUUACAUCAGACGGGAUCAUCUACUUCACCGAUUCCAGCACCAAGUGGGAGCGGAGGAACUACAAGUUUGAGGUGAUUGAGAUGAACCAGCUUGGCCGUCUGAUAGCGUACGACCCAUCAACCCGAUCAGCUCGCACUGUCCUAGAUGGCCUCUAUCUAGCCAACGGAAUCAGCCUGUCUGCAGACGAAAGUUUCCUGGCAAUCGCGGAGAUGAGCCUGGUGAGAUUAAGAAGGUAUUACCUCAAAGGCCCCAAACAAGGUGAAACUGACAUUUUGAUUGACAACCUACCUGGUUACCCUGACAACAUCAAACUGAACAGUAAAGGACAUUUCUACGUUGGACUCGGCAGUGUGAGAUUCCAAGGUGCCAGUAUUCUCGGAUCGUUCCUGGACGUCAUCGCUCCAUAUCCAGGAAUCAAGAGAUUCAUGACAAAGGUGACACCCCUAUCAUUCUAUGACAUAUUCCUGCCCAAACACUCACUGCUACUGGAGGUCAAUACUCAAGGUCACAUCGUGAGAAGUCAUCAUGACCCAGGGUCAAAGGUCGUACCAGCCAUCAGUGAAGGUUUUGAAGCAAAUGGAUAUGUGUACAUUGGUCAUUUCCGGAUCCCUUUUAUUGGUGAAAUAUCUGUUGACGAGUUAAACAGGGAUGGGAAGGUGUAAUAAAGUAACAGAAAACCA